AUGGAGCCGGCGACGAACGGCGAUAUAUUCCCCGAACGAAACACCAAAACGGAGUGCAUUGACAUCGAUGAUAACCGUGAGGUCUUCCAUGAGGACGAAUACAGGGCUUUAGGUUGGAUGAGAUACGCUGGAGUACACAGCAUUGCUGAUGCUGCGGCGCUGAUGGGCGGACCUAUUGCCCGAGAGAUUGCUGGUGGUCUCUUCCUGUUGACUUGGAUGUAA